AUGGUGAAGUUCAAGAUCAUUAGCAAGUUAUUGAAGGCUCAAUUUCUUCAUCAAUUGAUCAUACCAAAUUCUAAAAAGAGACCAAAUAACGCUACUACUACAGAUCAGUACUUACCCGAAACGCCACGUGGACACUUUGCUGUAUUCUCAGUGAAUCCUGGAGAGGAACCACAAAGAUUUGUGGUGGAUUUGCAAUGGCUAACACAUCCAUCUUUCUUGAAAUUAUUAAAACAAGCUAAAGAUGAAUAUGGCUUUAAACAAAAAGGUGUUCUUGAAUUCCCUUGUCGGGCUGAGGAAUUGGAGAAGGUUCUUGCCACGUGUGCUGUUGCAGUUUAA